CUACGAUGCCGAGUCCCGAAGGCAUCGUCCUCAAUGUAUCGGGCUUAUUGAGUUCGGGAGAGUUCAGCGACCUUCAAAUCCGCUGCAGAGACGUAACCUACAAGGUCCACCGGGUCAUUCUCUGCACCCAGAUCAAGUUCUUCCAUAAUGCGUGCAGCAGGGGCUUCAAGGAACAGUCUGAUGGAGUAAUCGACCUCAGUCACGACGCUCCCGCUGCUGUCAAGUCGAUGUUACAAUUUGCAUAUACCCGCGACUACACCUUUCUGAAAGCUCCGGACGGCAUGCAGGCACUCCACCACGUUAAGGUCUACGAGAUCGGUCACAAAUACGAUGUCCCUUGCCUCCAAAAGCUGGCCAAAGAACGAUUUCUAGAUGUUACAAGUGGCGAGUGGAAUAAGGAUUGGUUCCCGGAGGUCGUUCGCGCUACCUACGAUUGCACCCCCUCUAGCGACCGUGAACUCCCAGAUGCCCUGGUUCAGGUUAUGGUUGCCUGCCAUUCCGAAAUUUCCAAACAGGACUGCGAAAGCUCAAUCCAAAAGCUACUGAUGGAGGGCGGGGAGUUCAGCAGCGACUGCUUUUUUGCUUUGAGUAAGCAUGCCACGGCUCAUAUUCACGACUUCCAAGUAGUGGACGUGUGUCAUCAUUGCAACGGGAAGCAGCUAGCCACUAGUGGAUUUAGGAAACCCAAAGUGCUAUCCGAUGGUGAAUCGAACAUCCCUGAACUCGGCUACCUACACUUUCGAGAGACCAGCCGGUGCUGGUGUCGUUAUGGAUGAACUUAGGCCAGCGCGCAUCCUUCUAGAAUAGGUCCAGAAUCCGCAAGCUACACGGUUCUAAUGGAACGCUCAUUAGUGGUUGCAUUUCGUAGAGAAUCAAUCCCAACUUUCUUCUGAACAAGUCUUCCACAACAGUGGCAGGAAACUGUACCAAAACCGAUGAUGAAAGGCUCUUACACUUCAGGUCAACAUCCUCGUCUGGCUCCUUAGACGCUACUGUCUUAGCAGCUCUUUCCUCACCUCCCGAAUUGCGUGCUGAUUCAGGUGCUCACAAGAUCUGCUUCCAGUUGAUGUAGUCUCGUCAUCCAAGGCUACCAGCCACACACGCGCAAUACA